UUGAACACGUGGCUCAUUCAAAAAAGCCGGAAUAGCGGAGGAUUUUUUUCACCCCCUUCUUCUUCUUCUUAUUCUAGGAUCUAGAUUUAGAGGCGGGCGCCAGCCUUACCGUGUGUGACAUUCUCUGUCUCUUUGCCAAGGGGUUUGGAGGAAGACACAAAGUAGUUUCUCCUCCUUUUCACCCAACGCGCCAUCGUUUGGAGACACGAGAUUAAUAAUUGAGCAUUUAUUUAUUGCGCGAUAGAGACAGAGGGGCGAGGGAGAGCGAGAGCGAACGCACAGUGAGGCUGCCAGUUUAAAUCUAUCUGUGGCUUGAACGACCGGGAAGCACGCCACAGCCUCUCCGUAGUAGUAUCGGCGAUUUAGGCUACUCCAAACACUGCACAUCCGUGAGAGCAAACAACUAUCUCUCCCUCAGCGUAAAGAUUGUCCCUUUUUCGGCGCAAAACAUGAAUAAGCUAUACAUUGGCAACGUGAGCGCUGAGGCGAGCGAGGAGGACUUAGAAACUAUCUUUGAGCGUUUGAAGAUCCCGCACAGUGGUCCGUUUCUUGUCAAAACUGGCUAUGCAUUUGUGGAUUGCCCGGACGAGAAAGCAGCAAACCUGGCCAUCGAAAGGAUAUCAGGUAAUGAAGAACUCUUUGGGAAAGUUCUCGAAGUGGCGAUCUCGGUCCCUAAAAGUCAAAGGAGCUGUAAGAUGCAGAUCAGGAACAUCCCGCCUCACAUGCAGUGGGAGGUCUUGGAUGGUAUGCUUGCUCAGUAUGGAACAGUGGAGAGCUGUGAACAAGUAAACACUGACACAGAGACUGCAGUAGUCAACGUUCGAUAUGCAGCGAAGGACCAGGCCCGUCUGGCGAUGGAAAAACUGAAUGGAUCUAUGAUGGAGAACUUUGCCCUGAAAGUGUCGUACAUCCCAGACGAGACGGCUGCAGCAGAGGGGGCUUCAGGCAGGGGCCGCAGAGGCUUUAACGCCCGUGGAACCCCUCGUUCCGGCUCUCCAGGUCAGGGUGCCCGGCCCAAAAUGCAGUCGGACAUUCCACUGCGCAUGCUGGUGCCCACGCAGUUUGUUGGGGCCAUUAUCGGCAAGGAAGGUGCCACUAUCCGCAACAUCACCAAACAGACCCGCUCAAAGAUUGACAUCCACAGGAAAGAAAAUGCAGGUGCUGCAGAGAAGCCCAUCACUAUUCACUCCACUCCUGAAGGCUGUUUGAACGCUUGUAUGACCAUCAUGGAGAUCAUGCAGAAGGAAGCUGUCGACACAAAGUUUACUGAGGCGAUCCCACUGAAGAUACUUGCACACAACAACUUUGUAGGAAGAUUAAUUGGAAAGGAAGGACGCAACCUGAAGAAAAUCGAGCAGGAUACCGGGACCAAGAUCACAAUCUCUGCUCUCCUUGACCUGACCGUGUACAACCUAGAAAGGACCAUCACGAUAAACGGCACCCUCAAGGAGAGCAACAAAGCUCUAGAGGAGUUGAUGACGAAGAUCAUGGAAUCGUAUGAGAGUGACAUGGCCGCUAUGAACCUGCAGUCCAACCUGAUUCCAGGCUUGAAUCUGAACGCUCUGGGUUUGUUCCCCAGCGGAGCGCCAGGCAUGGGCCCCUCCAUGUCCGGGAUGCCGCCUCAUGGAGCCCACGGUGGAUCAGCCUAUGGAUGCAGUCCUUAUGGUGGUGAGGGGACAUUUUGGGCUCCUCUGCUCUCUGCGAGCAGCCAGCCCUUUUCUCAGGGACAACCGGAGUCGGAGACCGUUCACCUGUUCAUCCCUGCACUCGCUGUGGGAGCCAUCAUUGGAAAACAGGGUCAACACAUCAAACAGCUGUCACACUUUGCCGGAGCCUCGAUCAAGAUUGCCCCUGCAGAAGAGAAGGACUCCAUACAGCGGGUUGUCAUCAUCAUCGGAACACCAGAGGCUCAAUUUAAGGCUCAAUGUCGCAUUUUCGGCAAGCUGAAGGAAGAGAAUUUCUUUGGACCCAAAGAAGAGGUGAAGCUGGAGGCUCACAUCAAGGUCCCUUCCUUUGCUGCUGGACGCGUCAUCGGGAAGGGUGGAAAAACGGUGAACGAGCUGCAGAACCUGACCUGUGCAGAGGUGGUGGUGCCCAGGGACCAGACGCCUGAUGAGAACGACCAGGUUAUCGUCAAGAUCAUCGGACACUUCUUUGCUUGCCAGCUGGCCCAGAGAAAGAUCCAGGAGAUCCUGGCCCAGGUGAGGAGGCAGCAGCAGCCUAAGCCCACAUCUGGAGGCCAACCGCCACAGCCCCGCAGGAAGUAGAUCUCCAGCGGACCUGGAGGAACGGUGACUGAAUCUGCCAGAAGACUCGACAGACGGAUUGAUGAAGCAGAGUCCGGGGGGAGAAGAAGAAGAAUACGACAAGGAGUCGUAACGCUCAUCUCAGGGGACAAAGAUUAUCAGAACCCAACCAAACAUCCACCCCUCCUUGUCUUGCUUGAUGAACUUUCAGGUGUGGCUAAUAAGAGACGAUCCACCUCCAAAUCUCCACCCACCUCACUUCUCUGCAUCUCUGUGAGAAUGUACUUCUGAGGGCUCCCAACGACGUCACCUGCCCUCACACGUACGCACCCCUCGAUCGCGCUCCUCCUCCCCCACGGGUGUGUUCAAAAUAUUAUUAUUUUUGUCCUCUUUUUACACUAGAAACACAAAGAAGAAAUAAGGAUCCCCCCCCUCCUAUCAGCUACUUGGUGUGGUACUUCAAACCUGACAAGAUUAUUUUGUUGAAUUAGUUUUUUGUUUUUUUUAAUUGGUUUAUGAAGCUUUCUCAUGAGUUUUCUGUGGAAAGGAAAAGGCAUUGCUAUCAAGGUCCUGGUUGGACCAACAGAAAGGUUUAUUUUGGGGGAGGGUUGGCUCAGAUUGGGUGGGCCAUGUUUAGGGGAAAGAUUCUUGUUUCAGGCCAGGACCCCUGAAAGGGUGGAUUAUAUUGGGUGUCCUGCCCUAGUAAUGAUAGUGGCAUUUUAUAAAUUUGGAUGCAUUUUAUAGAUAGACCUAUAUACAUAGAUGAAUAUAUAUUUAGAGGUGAGGGCAGCGCCACGACUGACACUUGGGGAAAACAGUGCCGAACUGCUGCUGCCCAGGAAAACCAAUUUAAUAUGCAUUUUACUUAACUACCUCAGGAUCUAGUACCUCAGAAGAGAAAAGAAAAUGAUUAUAUAUAUAUGAAAAAAUGUUCCUUUCUUUUUUAUUUU